AUGAGUGGAAUGAAAAAUUGGUAUUGCAAUCGAGGAAUUAUCAUCCUUUUUAAUGAUAAUAAAACAAAUAAAUAUUUAUGUCCACCUAGUUAUUUCGGUGAUCGAUGUCAAUGGCAAAAUCAACGAAUAAGUUUAACACUUCAAUUAGUACAUCGUAUUGAAACUUAUACAAUCGCAAUAUUUCAAAUUAUUAUCAUGCUUAUUGAUGAACAAAGACAAAUAACAUCAUAUCAUGAACAAAUAACAUAUGUACCAAAACGUGAUUGUGGCACAAAAUAUAAUAUUUACUUACUUUAUCCAAAUCAACCAAAAAAUUCUUUUAUUAAUUAUUCAAUACAUAUUGAUAUAUUUGAUAAAAUAUCAUUAAAAUAUUUAGCCAGUUGGUAUUUACCUAUUCCAUUUCAGUUUCUACCCGUUAAUCGUAUUGCAACUCAAAUAUUUAUUCAAAAUGAAGCCAGGAUUUCAAAAUUAUGCCCAUUAUAUUGUGGUAAACAUGGUCAUUGUGUAGAAUAUAUAAAUCGAAAAUUUUUAUAUUUUUGUCAAUGCGAUGAAGGAUAUUCUGGUAGUCAAUGUAAUAUUAAACAUAAUUGUUCAUGUUCAUCUGAUUCAUAUUGUCUUACAUCAUCUAUUUGUGUUUGUCCAAUGAAUAAAUUUGGUUCAAAAUGUUACUUAAAAAGUUCAAUUUGUCAAACAUCCAAUAAUCCUUGUCAAAAUAAUGGUCUUUGUAUACCUGUCGAUGAUCGUAUGAGUUUAAAUAAAUCUACAUGUUUAUGUACGGAAAAUUUCUAUGAAACACGAUUUUUUAUAACACAUUCAUUUCAUGUUCUCUUUAUUGAAUUAACAAAUCGAACUUACUAUUUAGGUGUAUUAAGAGAAAAAUUUAUCGAAUCCGAACAUAUUCAAACAGGAAUAUUGUCAAAUUAUCAAUGUUUGUCUAUAAAUGAAUUGAUGAAUAAUACUUUUCUAAAUUAUCCAUUUGUUCAUCAUGCUAAAUAUUAUCCUUAUUUGUGUCAACAACAAAAACAACUUAAAUGCUUUUAUGAUAAUAGAUAUAUGUGUAUAUGUGAUGUUAAUCGUUUUUCUAAUUGUUUUACAUUUAAUCAUACUUUAUCAUAUGAUUGUCAAGGAGAAAAUAUUUGCGAAAAUGGUGGUCUAUGUUUUCAACACAAUAUUAAAUGUCCUAUUCUAUCAAUAUGCGCAUGCCCUGAAUGUUAUUAUGGUACAAAAUGUCAAUUUUCUACAAGGGGUUUUGUAUUAUCUCUUGGUUAUAUUCUUGGUUAUCAUAUUAAACCAAAUGUUUUAUUUUAUCGACAACCAUUCUUUAGUCAAUUGAUUUUAUCACAAACUGCCGUUCUUACUAAUCGAACAUUUCUUACAUUGAAUUGUAUAUUAUUAGAUAUGAUUCUCAAAGUUCUUGUUGCAUCAAAUGAUGGGUUUUAUGGAUGUGUUGCUCUUGAACGAGUAUUUACUGUUAUUAAUGGCAUCAAAUUCAAUCAAGUUAAAACUAAACAAAUAGCUAAAUGGAUAAUUUUAUGUGUAUUUCUUCUAACAAUUAUCACUCAUAUUCAUGAUCCAAUUCAUCGUCAAUUAAUUAAUGAUUCUGAUGGUGAUGAACAACGAUUAUGGUGUUUAGUUCGAUACUCUUCUUCAAUUAAUAUCUCUAAUAUAUUCGUUACUUUUUUUCGUUUUCUUAUUUCUUUCUCUAUCAAUUUAAUAUCUACUAUAAUUCUUAUCAUAUCAAUAGCUCGUUCUCGUUCUAAAGUUCGAUCCAAAAUACCAUUUAAAAAACAUUUACAACAACAAUUAUAUCAACACAAACAUCAUCUAUUUGCACCUUGUGCAAUAAUAUGA